AUGACUUAUCGACAGCUAUUGUUGCUGCUGAUAUUUUUGGGAUCAUUCUGUUCUUGCUGGCUCAGCAACAAGGACACACCUGCGUCAGCGGUGCUGGAUCUUGGGACACUGGUAGAUGCGAUCCAUGUGGCAUCUGGCGCACAUCUGGAGCUGUUGCGGCUGCACAUCCCCAACAGCGGCAACCGCCAAGUCAAGCGGCCCUCCGAGCGCGUGCGCCUGAACGUUGCCGGCGCUUUCGCGCUGUGGCCCUCCGUCACUGUGGCCCGGGACUCCAAGAUGAGCUUCCAGUACUGCGUGUUCUACUACUGGUCGGAUGAGGAGUGGGACAGCUGCGACAAGUUUCGCGAGGUGGCCACGCCAAUCCUGAACCCGGAGGAGGUCCCCGACAAGCUGGAGUGGCGCGCAUCCGACACCCAAGUCUUCAUGAAGGGCCGCCAGCAAACAACGCACCGCCUCAUUAACAUAUUGAACCGAGCAGCCUUCGAGGGCACCAUGCGCACGGAGCGAAUCAAUCACACCUUGGUGUGCGUGCCCAACAUCUUCCGCCAAGAGGAGAAAGGGCAUGUGUUGCUGGUCUUGAUGUCCACGCUGACGGGCAGCCUGCUGGGCGCCGUUGCCAUAGCGCAGUACUUUGGGACACUCCCCAUUCUGGGGUCAGCUCGUGGGAGGCGCCUUGGGGACAGCAGCGACACAAGCGACGGCUCCAACCGCCGCUCCCUCGGCUUUGGGCCACAGACGUCUGUGGACCACAUCACCAUGUUGGUGAGGGAGAGGCAACGCGCCACGAUUGAUGGCCUGGAGCUCGGGGAGAUGCUGGGCCGAGGCUCCUUUGGCAGGGUGUACAAAGGGAGAUGGAGGGGCGCGCUGGUGGCAGUGAAGGUGGUGGCGCAUGACUGCAGCAUUGCCAGCCUGGCAGAGACUCUGCGCGAAUCGGCGCUGUCAACCUCCAUCCAGCACCCCAAUGUGGUGGCCACGUUCAAGGUGAGGACGGUGCGCGCCAAGCGGGAGAUUGAGUGCCUGGCCAGCCGCUGGGCCCAGGGGUCCGACAACAACCUGGAUGAAGCUGCCGGCGGCUGCCGCGCCCUCCUCGCGCGCGCUCUCUCCAUCUCCGCUGCCAGGCACGCGAACGGAGCCAGUGCACACCAGCUGAAGCAGCGGUGCGACUCGGCUAUCGUGCCGAAGGGGCACCUGCGGUCGUUCAGCCUGGACAUGGCUCGCUGGCCGGGAUUCUCGCGGCGCAUGUUCUGGAACCGCUCCUCCGCGCCUGAGGGGUUGAGAGAGGACGUGGCGGCUGCGACAGCGCCCCUGCCUACAAACUACGGCUCAGGGGGCACGCCUGUUGUGGUGUUGGACUCCGAGGCAGAAGCGGCCACGGCGCUGGCGCACGCCAAGAGCCCCGAGCAAUCUCCUGCCAAGGGCGCUGAUCCAGAGGUUGGCGACCGGUUCGAUUUCAUGCCCCCGGACGAUGACGGGGCGGCUCCGGUUGAUCAAAGUGCCGAGCUUCUGCAGGAGGGGGCCUGGAUGGAGGGGCCAGAUGAGCAGCCCAUGCAGGUCGCAUCGCUCGUGCAUCGGCCGCGGCGCGGCGGCGGGGCGGCGGCCGCCACGGAUGCGCGCAUCGCAGCGGCCGAUGUCUGCUCCUGGGAUCCGCCGGCGCAGAUUGCGGCUGCGCUGCAGGCAUGGCACGAGGCCGCCGGCACUCGCAGCCCUCCCCCUGAGCGCACCUCCCAAACCCAUGACUCUGCAUUCGAGCGCGAGCGGCAGAGGGGUGAGUUCCGCGGAGCCAUCACCCGGUCGCAUAUGGAAAUGCUGGAAACGUGGCUCAUACUCGAGUAUUGCGACCAUGGCAGCUUUGACAAUGCCAUCCGCUCAGGGACAUUCUUGAACGACCUGACAUCCGGAAUCCUCUGUCUGAUGGACAUUGCAGCUGGAAUGGAGCACCUGCACUCCCUUGGAAUCCUCCAUGCGGACCUGAAAGGAGCAAACGUGCUGCUCAAGUCCGGAGCAAUAUCAAAUUAUGAUCAGAGGGGCUACAUGUGCAAGCUGGCCGACUUUGGGCUCAGCCGAGUGAUGGAGAACAACUCAACUCAUGUCUCCACAACCACAUUCGGUACAGCAGCGUACAUGCCAGCAGAGAUGCUGAUGGAGGGCAGGAUGACCAAGGCUGCAGAUGUGUACAGCUUUGGAAUGCUCAUGUGGGAGCUGCUCACCGGCAGGAAGCUGUUCGAGGGGCUGCGACAGUCACAGAUCAUAUGCAAGGUGAUGACAGGCUGGCGGCCGCCUGUACCAGAGGACUGCCAUGCUGGCUACCGGAGCAUCAUGGUGUCAUGCUGGCACGCGGACCCUGCCCAACGGCUGGCCUUUGAGGACAUACUGCUGCGGCUGAGGGGCCUCUGCAGGGAUCUGCGCAUGGCUGCCCUUUGA